UAUGCCGUGCCUUUCUCUCAAUGAUGAAUGCCUGGGUCCACUUCUUCAUGUGUUACAGGGAGCACAGCAGUGACGUACCUCCUUCUUAGGAGCUAUCACCCCCGGGGCAGAGAUGGGAUUAAGUUGAUGGGACUCUUAUACCAUGGAUGAAUAGGAUUUGAGAUGUUUUUCCACCAGGGUCUGAUGGCUUGCAACAAAAUCAAGUCACUAGGCCUUUUCUGCAUGCAGAGAACCUUCUGGGACAUAAAGGCCUUUGCCUUGAGUAGGAAGCAGGAGAACAGAAGUCGUCCACAGUGUCAGGAUUUCACUGAGAGUUUGCUGGGGCUCAAGAGACCUGAGAGCAUAAUGGGGCUCAAAGUCUGGCAGGAGGAAGACCAGAAGCAACUGACUGGGCAGACUUCCCAGGACGAUGCAGCCACUCCUGCUCCUGGUGGUCCUUCUCCUGCCUCCCAGGGCUAAGGCAGGGCAGAUCAUCGGAGGCCAAGAGGCCAGGCCCCAUUCCCACCCUUACAUGGCAUAUGUUCAGAUCCAGAGACCAGUGGGUCUGACCACUUGUGGGGGGUUUCUGGUGCGAGAAGACUUUGUGAUGACAGCAGCUCACUGCUUGGGAAGACAAAUAAGUGUCAUCCUGGGGGCCCACAACAUCAGGAGGUUGGAAAGGACUCAGCAGCGCAUACCGGUGCUCAGAGCCAUCCCCCACCCCGGGUACAAUCAGCAGAACAACCAGAAUGACAUCAUGUUACUGCAGCUGAGAAGCAGAGUCAGACGUAAUCGAGCUGUGAGGCCGGUGGCUCUGCCGCAGACCCAGGACAGGCUGAGACCUGGGACCCUGUGCACCGUGGCCGGCUGGGGCCUUCUCGGCCUGAACAGGAGAACAGACACGCUCCAAGACGUGCAGCUGACAGUGCAGAGGAAUGGGGAGUGCCGUAGACGCUUCAUGUUCUACACUGGCCGAACACAGAUUUGUGUGGGCGACCCAAGAGAGAGGAAAUCCGCCUUCCUGGGGGACUCCGGUGGCCCCCUUGUGUGUAACAACGUGGCCCAGGGCAUCGUCUCCUACGGAAACAGGUUUGGGACUCCUCCAGCAGUCUUCACCAGGAUUUCCAGCUUCCUGCCCUGGAUACGGAGAACGAUGAGACGCUUCAAAGAGUGGGGGCUGGAGUGACACCCCCUGUCACUGACUCCCCUUCUCUGGGGCAGAGCCCAGAUCCAGGGCGGUUCCCAGAGCCUUAAUAAACAUCCACAUCUAGAGUGGAAAUAACCGAUUCCUCAUUUGUUCAUUAAACAUGAUUCAAUACACAGCAAAUGUGUGCC